AUGAGUGCAGGAACAGAAGGCGACGCCGGAGAUGCGGCUGAGUUGACCUACCCGUCUCCCGGAGCAGAAGGAAUGGAGUCUGGCCCAUUCUACCAUAACGCUCGCGAUGGUGCUCCAGAACACCAUGAUCAAGCCGAGCAGCAGGUUGCUGACGAGGUGCAUGGACAGGGGCAUGACCAGACACAAAUGUCGGCCCAAGAUGAUGCUGCAUCUCAUCACCACGUCUCUAGGCCGGCAAAUCUGGAAGAGCUGCAGUUGGCGGCGCAAUUGGGCCAAGGCUUGGCUGGCACCUCCAUUCUCCCAGCUACCGAUCCGAACAUGACUGUCGAGGACCCCAACAUGCGCAAUAUCAUGCCACACCCAGAUCCCGACCACCACCACGCAGCAUCUUAUGUCCAGGAAGCUCCUCCGCCUGAUCCAAUGGUUCAGCAUCAGAUGCCCGUUGCGGUUGGGCCUGCCCUCCCGCCGCAAUAUGCUAUGGGAGACGGCAUUCCCCCGCGCAAGAGGUCCAAGGUGUCGCGCGCGUGUGACGAAUGUAGGAGAAAAAAGAUUAAAUGCGAUGCACAGUCUGACUCUGGCGAGACGCCGUGCUCCAGUUGCGCGCGGUCAUCUAUUAGAUGCUUGUUCAGUAGAGUACCUCAAAAGCGUGGUCCCAGCAAAGGAUACAUAAAGGAACUCGCAGACCGAAUCCACAGCAUCGAAAACAAGUUGGAAUCGGAGGGUAAUCUUAGCCAAGACGAUAUUGACAAGUUAUUUGCGACGGAUCGGUCAAGGCAUAGCAAUGGCCUCGAAGAUUCCACACGAAAACGGCCCUUUUCUAGCAUAUCUACCGGAGACUACACCACACCAACUACCGUACGCCAAGCACCCUGGGGAUCCGAGGCGCGUUCAGCCCAGCCGGCAUCCGGACAGGGAGAAGGUCUCGUUCAAGAGUACAACAACAAUUCAUUGGCACCCCAACCAACACCAAUCAAGCCCGAUGAGACCCCUAUAAAGCCACAUGCUGCACCGGCAGAUGUACCCAUGGUAGAUGGAGAUGAGGUUCCUGCAGUAGAUGAACAGGCCUUCCUGGAGUUCCUGGCCUCUGUUCAGCCGCUUUACCCGGUGCUUCCGACCGAUCUGGGCAGGCUUCAAUCACUGCUAUUGCAGACAAACGCAGCAGUUCGAUCCGCAUUUUCCCUGGCUCUGUCUUGUAUUGGCCAGCCAUCGUCUGACAGCCCCAAGAUUGCCAGUUCCCUGCUUCAUGAAUGGGAGAGCAACGACUCUCCAAGCAGCCGCGCCACUGAUAUUGUCCACGCGCAGACGUUACUGAUCUUGAUCAUUGAUGCAGAUUGGCGGGGAACCUCGAGUCUGCCUUUUCUUCUCGCUCGUGCCGUAGCUCUUGCCAACUCAAUGAAGCUGUGGAAAUGCUCGCCUGUCGACUCGACGACAGAACCCGACUCUGAUGACGAGCUAUGCGUCCGAAUAUGGUGGUCAUUGGUGCUGAUGGACAGAUGGCAUGCUGCAGGAACUGGCCAGCCUGCGCAAAUUCCCGACAGGAGUGUUGUCGUUCCGGCGAGCCUCGAGAACACAAUUGGAGAGGUCUCAUUCCACCUCCUUCGCCUAUCAAAACUUUUGAACCGAAUCUCUUUUGUCAUAUCAACAUUGCAGGCUGGGUUAUACACUGCCGAUGCCUCAAUGGCUGCGAUCUUGACCGACUAUAUCGAGAACUACCGGGAAGACCUGCCUGCGCAUAUUGAUGCAGCAGCGUACCCCAUGAUUCACCUUGCUUACUGGCAUUGCCGCCUCCUUGUCACCAUGCUCACGCCUGGCGCCACGCCGAAAGAGAUUAUCUGGCCAACUAAGGAGCUGGCCCACUUGCUGUCUGUGACGCCCGAGUUGAAGGGCCCGUUGUUUAGUCAUUUUGUCUCGCUUGCCACCAUGUCGCUGAGAAAGUUGGCUAGGACGGAGGCCACGCGGGAGGAGGCGGCGGAAAUCAUCAAGGAAAUCGCAGAGAAGCCUAGCGGAGGUCAUUGGGACGGUGUCAAGGACAAGCUUGCGGACGGACUCAGGCCGGCAUCGUCUUCUGCGGCCGAAGCGGCAGCCAGCCAAGGACUACAGCACCUUGCGGAUCUAGCAACGGCAUCUGAGUGUCUCGCGGCAGGAGAAGAGGUCCCUUUUGGAGCCGCUCUUACAACCGGAUACUUGGAGGUUGCAUCAUGA